AUGACGUCAAGAUCCGGAACAGCACAUCCUUACACGCGAGGACAGGAAGUGGGAGGUUCCAGCCCGACGCAAGUCAUCCUAAUAAGGAGUGCCGUGUACGGACGCAUGCGGUUCGGCAGGUGCGUCAAGAGUCUGGAGUACGGAGCCCUCGGGUGCAAUGCUGACGUCAUCAACAUCGUGGACGCUAAAGUGGCAACCUGCCCACCCAACUCAUGCACGGCUCAGGGCCACCUCAUCCGACCACACCAGUCACUUGACCACCCAUAUGCCACCUCAACACACAAGCGAUCAUCCACCAUUGGCUACCUGGCGAGUUUAGUGACCGCGCAAACUGGAUGUGGCUCCCCACUUUGCCCUUGGGUUCUUGAACCACAACCCGGCCAAAAAUUUAAUUUAACUUUCUACGUCACAAGAAGAUACGUGGGUGAGGAUGGGGUCGACGGUGAAGUUGGUGAUAGCGGAAUGGAUCAUGACGUCAGAGAGCGACAAGAAAAAACUUGCCAGAGAUUGGCCAACGUGGUGUACACACCUUCUCAAGUUUCGAAGGACAUCACGAUGUGUGGUCUGAUGACGUCACAGAGGGUCGUCCACCUCGUCACUGCCCCGUCAGAGAAGGUCGAAGUCAAGUUGUUUUCUGGCUUAGCAGAGAACCCACUCUAUUUUGUUAUCGGCUAUGAAGUGAUUGGCUGUCCAGACAUCGUGCCCCCACCAAACGCCAACGCUAAAAGGCAGGGCGACGCGACAAUUGUAAAGUGCAACGACAUCGAGACCAUGUGGCACCUGACUUGUCUCGGAGUCACCUGGAUCGGUGAGGUCGGAACCUGUGACGUCAGAGGUUAA